AUGUCAAGCACCACGUUUUCAAAUCGGUCGGUUUUCGGAAAAAUUGCUAACGAAUCAUUGAGAGAGUACUUCAGUAAGUUUGGAGAGAUAACUGAAGUGAUGGUUAUGAAAGAUCCAACGACUCGCCGAUCAAGGGGUUUCGGAUUCGUGACUUUCGCAGAUCCGUCCAGCGUGGACAAAGUUCUGGCACAAGGAUCACACGAGUUGGACGGCAAAAAAAUCGAUCCGAAAGUGGCAUUUCCGCGACGAGCACAUCCGAAGAUGGUGACUCGAACGAAAAAAAUCUUUGUCGGUGGAUUGUCGGCGCCAACAACGUUAGAAGACGUCAAAAACUACUUUGAGCAAUUUGGACCGGUAAGUUUGUCAGUUAGUUUAUUUGACGAGUAG